GGUCCCAAAAUUAGAAAGGGAGGGGUCAUGGUGCCCCAGCGUCGUUUCUGGAUCUGCUCCUGCCUAAAAUGACAAGUAGCUCAGAAUGAUCCAUACGUAGAGUCGGACUUUGCUCGUAUCUUCAACCUCAAGUUGUCGACUCUAGUCUGAGCCAUAAUAAAUAAAAGGGGAGUAGGUACCCCUCCCCACCACCCCUCACUCCUCACGGCAGAUCCGAGAUUUCGCCUAGGUGGUGGUCUGGGUUGGUGAAGUUGCCCCCACAUCCACCGGCGACCGCCCACCACCCACCACCCACAACCCAGAUCGGCCGCUGCCGUACAGAGGAGAAGGGACUCACGCAAGUGGGUCCUACAUCCCGAUGAGAAAACACUUGGUUUCCACACAUUCCAAGAUCGACGGCCACCCUACGUUGGUAAUUUGGUAGACAUCCGCUUCCCCUUUUUCUUUGCCCUAUUAAUAGAGGGGCCCUUGUGACCAACUCUAAGUCUCUAAGCCCCAUCCAUCUCAGCUUGCUUAGCUUCGAGAUUCAGUAUUGUGUAGGUUUUUUGACAUUUGACAUAGACAUAGACAUAGAUGGGGGCUUUGGAUGAGGGGCACUUUAGUGUGGAACUGGAGGAUGGCGUGAAUGUGGAGGUGGGAUUUGAGCCAGAGACUCUACCCAUUGAGGAGGCUGUUAAAGUGCUUCUGCAGGGUUUGGGUGAGGAUAUCAAUAGGGAAGGCAUCCGUAAGACCCCUGCCCGUGUUGCCAAGGCCCUUUGUGAAGGAACUAGAGGUUACAGGCAAAAGGCAAAAGACAUUGUUCAAGGUGCCUUAUUCCCUGAAGCUGGUUUGGAUGAGGGAGUUGGUCAUGCAGGAGGAGUGGGCGGGCUCGUGAUUGUUCGAGAUCUUGAUCUCUUCUCAUACUGUGAAUCUUGUUUGCUUCCAUUCCAGGUAAAGUGUCAUGUGGGUUAUGUCCCAUCAGGGCAACAGGUUGUGGGCUUAAGUAAGCUUUCUCGGGUAGCUGAUGUUUUUGCAAAACGACUCCAAGAUCCACAGCGUCUCGCAGAUGAAGUGUGUUCUGCUUUGAACCAUGGGAUCAAGCCUACAGGUGUUGCUGUUGUACUCCAGUGUUUACAUAUUCAUUUCCCGAAUUUAGAGUUGGGCUUCCUUGAUUCAACCCAUCAAGAGUGGGUCAAAGUAUCGGUUUGUUCCGGUAAAGGCCUUUUUGAAAAUUCGAAGGCCACCAUUUGGAGCGAUUUUUUAAGUCUCCUGAAAUUCCGAGGCAUGAAUGUGGAGAAAACCCGUACCAAAGAUUCCACAAGUCCAUGUUGGUGCCCAUCCCAGUCCUCCUCUGCUUUAAUUCCAUGCAAGAUAGAACUUGUCCACCAAAUGGAUGCUGCAGUAACUUCAAUUCUCAAGUCUUUGGGUGAAGACCCAUCGAGGAAAGAGCUGGUACGAACCCCUAAUCGUUAUGUGAGGUGGCUGAUGAACUUUGAAAAAGCUAACUUGGAGCUGAAGCUAAAUGGGUUUGUUUGUGGUAAGAUGGAUCCUUUUCAUCCCAGUUGCAACGAGGCAGAGAUGCAGUCUGAGCUGAACUUGGCAUUCUGGUCUCUGUGCGAGCAUCAUUUACUUCCCUUCCAUGGUGUUGUGCAUAUAGGCUACUUCUGCACCAAAGGAACCAAUCCCAUUGCAAGAUCCAUUUUAGAGUCAAUAGUACAUUUCUAUGGCUUCAAGCUCCAAGUACAGGAAAGGCUUACCAGGCAGGUUUCUGAGACUGUUUCAUCUCUGCUAGGUGGAGAUGUGAUAGUGGUGGUGGAAGCUAGUCACUCGUGCAUGGUCUCCAGAGGAAUCGAGAAGUUAGGAAGUAAUACUGCUACAAUGGCUCUGCUUGGCCGGUUUUCAACCGAUGCUGCUGCAAAAAACAUGUUUUUGCAGAGCAUUCAAAACACUUCAACUUCUUGAGGACAAGGGUUCAAAUCCAGAUUUCUUCUAUCUAUUACAAAUUUUUUACUUGCAUUGGUAUUCCUUUUUGGUUUUCUUCCCCCCUGAUCUGCAGUCUCACAGGCAUGACCAGGAUAAAUUGCAGCUGAUCUGCCAGAGUUGUGUUCAAGUUGGAAAUGCUACGAUAAUUGAGGAUCCAAGGUUUUUAUUUCAUUCAUUCAUGUUUCUACUGAUAUGUAGCAUAGACACCCUUGAAAAGAAAAUUCCAGCAGCAUGCCAUUGUUUCUCUA